AUGUUGCGUUGGCAGGGCACGCUGGAGCUGGCAGACUUGCCCCUGCAGAAGGGCUCUGUGGAGCUCCUCAAGCAGAGAUGGGAGUCCGCCAAUGCUGCAAGACCUGGCUCCAUGCUCCGGUGCUCGCCAGCCCCACGGUCCCUGGUGCCGGAUAAGAUCAGCUCCAGCAGCACUGUGAAGAAAGUGCCGGCAGACAGCAGGAGGGUGGAUGUGUUCAAGGAGGAGACCCUAGGUGGCCCUCAGCAGAUCGAGCACUUCCCCGUCACUGUGGAGGAGCUGCGGAGCCACUUUGAGGCCCUGGGUGGCAAGAAGGAAACAGAAAGUGAGAGAAGUUCACUUUCAUCUACAUUGAAGAGUCAGCCUGGGAGCCAUUCUGUCAUUCCUCUGACAGAGUCUAGUGUGAAAAGAGGGAAAGCAAUCUUUGAAAAGAUGUCAUCAGAAAAUGGCCAUAUCAACAUUUCUGAAGUGGGUUCUCGCAAACCUGUAAGAGGACUACCUAAAGAGAGCACUCCUAGGGCUGAUAACACACCGCUGGAUUUCCGGGAGACUGUCUCUUUAAAAGAAAGAAUGGCUAUGUACAAGGCUGCUGUGUCUGAGAUAGAGGGUAGCAACUCCUUUCCUCACACUUCAGAGAAAACCAAGUUCUGUACCGUGCCUGGUGGCCUGGCAGCAGUGAGGAAACAAUUUGAGAAAGUGCAGAUGACCUCUUCACAAAAGACCUUUGCUCAGUACCAGCACCAGCACAAAUCUGUACAGGAAAUGUCACGUAGCAAUCAGCUCACAGUAUCAAGCAGCACCAGAGAAGCUGAGUGCAAUGAAAUGACCUCCAAAGAAAGUCAAAUGGAAGCCUCUCAAACACAAGAGGGUGGAGGAAAAAUGAUCUUUUUUAUUCUUCUUCCCAUUGCAGUAAUCAAUGCAGCUCAGAACGAAGAGCUACCAAAGACUGUAACACAGAUUUUAAAACAGCAGAUUGAAAGGACAGUUCAGGAAAAGGCUGUUCACUCGGACAGAGAGUCCGCAACACCUGCAAAAGAAGUAAAGAAACUGCAGAUUCAGGAAAAUGAAACAUGCAGACUCUGUCAACAGAGAGUUUACCCAAUGGAAUGCCUAGUUGCCGACAAGCAGAAUUUUCAUAAAUCAUGUUUUCGAUGUCACCACUGUGGCAGUCAAUUAAGCUUGGGAAAUUAUGCAUCUCUCCAUGGAAAAAUAUAUUGUAAACCCCAUUUUAAGCAACUUUUCAAAUCAAAAGGAAAUUAUGAUGAAGGUUUUGGACACAAACAGCAUAAAGAAUUAUGGAAUUCUAAAGAUCAAUGUAGCUCAGUUGGCAGUAUCCAUGCUGAAGAAACAAAUCCCAUUAGUAGUAUACCUGUUGAUCCUAAACCAAUUACAGAAAUUGAUCAAGACUUGUACCCAGGCACUGAAGGUAUUCAUCCUGGUAUUUUGGAUAAUAAUUUGAAAAAAUCCACAGAAAGAGGCAAAUUAAAGAUGACGUGGCCUCCUUCAACAGACGAUGCAACACCUAAGAAAACAUUUUCUAUUGAAGAAAUGGCUAAAGUAAAUAAGCCAAAGUGGCCCCCAGAAGGUUUUGCUCAAGAAGAUUCUAGUUUACAUACAAAUAAAUCUCUGGGCAAUAAAACGGAUUCUCAGAAAAAAAAUGUUGUGAGAGAGCAAAAUAAAAAUGACACUGCAAAUGCACAACAAAAUCAGCACUCAUCCUUUAGCUCUCUGUCUGAAAAAGAAGCUACAAAUAUCUGUAAAGCAAAGAAAAAUGAAGCAGGCAAUAAAGGAAAAGAUGAGGAAGCUGGGAACAUGCAAGAUAAGCUGAAUAAAACAGGAGGGUCACAAAACAAGGAGGAAAGCAGAAAGGAUACUAAUGAAGGUGAUAAUGUGAUCAUGCAUAGUGCUGGGAAGGAGCGAGAGAAAAAAAUUAAUGAAACUGAUGAUUCAGAAGUUGUACAGGUUACUAACAUUGAUGAUGUAACAGCGCAAAAGAAUCACAAAGAAUUCAGCUUGAAUAACAAUAACAAUAACAAUUAUGCCACUUUUUCACAUCUAAACAUUUGUAGGCAGGAGAAAACUCUCUCAACUACAUCUAAGCCAAUGACAGCACUAAGCCAUGCAAUUUGCACUGUAUCGCAGGAUGCCUUUGCAAAGCUGGAAAAUGGGUCUGGAAAUGAAGAAGUAUUGGAGAUGUAUGAAUCUCAUGACAGCUAUUCUAGCAAUUCUGUAACUGUUUCACGGGAUGAACAGAACUCAGAAGAUGAAGAUGCUGUUACCUCUAACGGUCUUGCUCAAUUUAAUAGAGAUGCCCCUUCUGUUCCAUCAUUCCAAGGCAAGAAAGUCAAGUUCAAACAGCUCACUGUAGAGGAACAAAUUAAAAUAAAUAGAUUCUAUAGUGAAAAUGAAUAA